AUGGACGUUUCUUUGCUCGCUCCAGCUGAUUCGGCUGGUGAUAUUGAUGAGCCUGUAAGAAAGAGCAGAAGAAAAGAAUAUUCUUACGCAUUGCUGCUGGCAUAUCAAGGCAAGAAGUACAAUGGUAUGCAGGUGCAAAAAGAUUUUCCCACAAUUGAGGGCGAAUUGUUCAAAGCGAUGGCUAAAUGCGGAUACAUUUGUGAGAAUGAUGUUUUUAGUCCAGUUCGUUUUGCAUUUCAGAGAGCUGCUAGGACAGAUCGUUCCGUAUCCGCAGCUCGGCAGAUGUGCUCGAUGCGGCUAGCUCCAGAAAAUCACGAAUAUUUUCUAAAAACAGCCACUGAUAAAUUAAAUACACAUUUACCUGAAGAAAUUAGGGUUCUGGGUGUUAGACGUGCAACCCGGUCCUUCAAAGCUCAUAAAAAUUGUGAUAAACGAACUUAUUCUUAUACCUUGCCGACUUAUGCAUUUGCUAGGGCAGAUGAGUUGACAACCAGUGGUUUCCGCAUGAGCGAAACAUCUAUUGCUGAAUUGAAUGAUUUACUUGCAUUGUACAAAGGAACGCAUAAUUUUUUCAAUUAUACUUCCGGAAGGCGAGUUUUUGAUUCAGUGGCCAACAACAUGACUCAAACUUAUGAAGAUCGAAGCAGCAUGCGAUAUAUACAUGAUUUCAAAUGUGGUCCAACACAGCUUGUUGAAGAUGAAGUCCGGGGUGGUAUGGUUGAAUUUAUUACUCUUUAUAUCACUGGACAAAGCUUUAUGCUGCAUCAAAUUCGAAAAAUGAUAGGGAUGACGGUAGCAACUUUCAGGGGUCUCUGUGGCAAAACUGAGGUUGCAAAUACAUUUCUGAGUGAGCGAAUGGAUGUGCCGAAGGCACCCGGUCUAGGUUUGGUGUUAGACAAAGUACACUAUGAAAGAUAUGACAAGUGGCAUGAAAAAACACACCAGACAUUGAAUAACUGGGGUGAAGAAAUUGAAACUAAGGCUGAUGAAUUUCGACAAUUUUACAUAAUUUCGGAAAUUUACCGUCAAGAGCUUGCCACGCAAUCAAUGUUCUUAUGGUUAACUACCUUAAUAAGGCACGAUAUAACGAUACCUAAAAUUACAAGGGAAUCAAGGGAAAGGUCACCAUUAGGACUAGCUUCUGAUCAUGCAUAUCAUGCAAAUGAAAAAUUAAAAGAAAAAAACCAGAUUUUAAAUGGAUCAAAACGAAGAGAUAAUGUAGUGGUGGAACUUAUGAAAAAGGAUUCAAAUUCACAGUCAAGGGAAAAUUCAGAAGGAAAUUGCACAAACAGUACAGCUGUUCUGAGUAGUUGUCCGAAAAGAAUGGGGAGUCCUGAUACUUCUGCUACAUCUUUUCUUUGA